UCUUUAGUCCCUUGGCUUUGCUGCCUGUUUGCUCUAGUUACAACCCCUGAGACCUGUGUGGUGCCACUUCCCACACAGAGACUAUAGUUGUAAGCGCCAGGCCUGAAGAUGAAUAUCCCAGAGCCUUCCAUGUCGCUGGAUGAGGAGAUAUACUCCCGGCAGCUGUAUGUGCUGGGCCCACUUGCCAUGCAGAGGAUUCAGAAAGCCAAAGUCCUGCUAUCUGGCCUGAAAGGCCUGGGGGCUGAGGUGGCCAAGAACCUGGUCCUGAUGGGGAUUGGCAGUCUCACUCUGCAUGAUCCCCAUCCCACCUGCUGGUCUGACCUGGCUGCCCAGGUUUUCCUUUCAGAGAAUGACUUGGAAAAGAACAGGGCUGAUGCCUCUCAAAAACACUUGGCUCAACUCAAUGAAGCUGUCCAGGUCUUUGUCCAUACAGGUGACAUCACGGAGGACCUACUGCUGAACUUCCAGGUGGUAGUGCUAACUGCCUCAAAGUUGGAGGAACAGCUGAAGGUGGGCACCUUGUGCCACAAGCAUGGAAUCUGCUUUGUAGUGGCUGAUACCCGGGGCCUUGUGGGGCAGUUAUUCUGUGACUUUGGUGAGAACUUCAUUGUGCAGGACCCUACAGAGUCAGAGCCCCUGACAGCUGCUAUCCAGCACAUCUCCCAGGGCUCUCCUGGCAUUCUCACUCUGAGAAGAGAGGAUAAUAGAAACUCCUUCUGUGAUGGGGACUUGGUAACUUUCUCAGGCAUUGAGGGCAUGGUUGAACUCAAUGGCUGUUCUCCCCGGCCCAUCCAUGUACAGGAGGAUGGGUCCUUGGAGAUUGGGGACACAACAACUUUUUCCAGUUACUUGCAUGGUGGGAUUAUUAUUGAAGUCAAGAGAUCCAAGAYUGUGAUACAUGAGCCCCUGAACAUAGCCCUGCACCAGCCCCGGAUGGUGGCUCAGAAUCACCAGCAAGCCCAUCGUGCCCACUGCCUACAUCAGGCCUUCUGUGCACUGCACAAAUUCCAGCAACUCCAUGGCCGGCUGCCCCAACCCUGGGAUCAUGCUGAUGCAGAGAUUGUGGUAGGUCUGGCACAGGCCCUGGAACCCCUGAAGGGCCGAGAAGAAGAGCCACUGGAUGAGGCCCUACUGCGGACAAUUGCCCUGAGUAGUGCUGGUGACUUGAGUCCCAUGGCAGCCAUUCUGGGAGCAGUGGCUGCCCAGGAAGUCCUGAAGGCAAUCUCCAGGAAGUUCAUGCCCCUGGACCAGUGGCUAUACUUUGACGCCCUUGAUUGCCUUCCAGAAGAUUCUCUUCCCAAUCCUGAGGAUUGUGCUCCGAGAGGCUGCCGUUAUGAUGGGCAAAUCGCAGUGUUUGGGGCUGGUUUUCAGAAGAAACUGAGCCUCCAGCACUACUUCUUGGUGGGCACUGGUGCCAUUGGCUGUGAGCUGCUCAAAGACUUUGCUCUAGUGGGCCUAGGAGCAGGAGGCUGUGGUGGUGUGACUAUUGCUGACAUGGACCAUGUAGAGCGCUCCAAUCUCAGCCGUCAGUUUCUCUUCAGGACCCACGAUGUUGGAAGGCCCAAGGCAGAGGUGGCUGCUGAAGCUGCUCAAAAACUGAACCCAGACUUACGGGUAACUCCAUUCAUUCGGUCACUAGAUCCCACCACAGAGCACAUCUUUGGGGACAACUUCUUCUCCAAAGUACAUGGUGUGGUUGCUGCUCUGGACAGUUUUACAGCUCGGCACUAUGUGGCUGCUCGCUGUACCCACUAUCUGAAGCCACUGUUGGAGGCAGGUACACAGGGCACCUGGGGCAGUGCUUCAGUGUUUAUACCACAUGUAACUGAGGUCUACAGUGGCCCUGUCUCAGCUUCAGCUUCUGAGGAUGUCCCCCACCCUGUCUGUACUGGGCGAUACUUCCCAAGCACAGCUGAGCACUCCCUGCAGUGGGCUCGGAAUGAAUUUGAAGCACUCUUUCAACUAUCUGCAAAGACCAUCAACCAACAGGCACGUACUUCCCUGGCAGACAUGGAUAGGCAACAGAUACUGACUUUACUACGGCUGGGUGUCCUAGGACAGCGCCCACAGACCUGGCAAGACUGCGUGGUGUGGGCCCUUGGUCAAUGGCAAUUCUGCUUCCAUUAUGGCAUCACACAGCUACUGAAACACUUCCCACCUGAUAAAGUGCUUGAGGAUGGAACUCCAUUCUGGUCAAGUCCCAAACAGUGUCCCCAGCCCUUGGAAUUUGACGCCAACCAGGAUAUGCACCUCCUCUAUGUGCUGGCAGCUGCCAACCUAUAUGCUCAGAUGCAUGGGAUUCCUGGCUCAUCAGAUCAAACUGCACUCAGGGAGCUGCUGAAGUUACCACAGCCUGAUCCCCAGCACCUGUCCCUCAUCUUCACUAAUAACUUAGAGCUGACUUGGGCUUCUGCUGAGUUUGGCCCUGAGAUGUUGAAGAAACUGCAAGAAGCUCUGGAAGUCUGGGGCAAGUUUCCUCCCCUGAAGCCUCUGAUGUUUGAGAAGGAUGACAGCAACUUUCACAUGGACUUUGUGACAGCCGCAGCCAGCCUUCGAUGUCAAAACUAUGGGAUCAUACCAGUCAACUGUUCUCAGAGCAAACGAAUUGUGGGCCAGAUUAUACCAGCCAUUGCCACCACUAUAGCAGCUGUGGCAGGUCUGGUGGGCCUGGAACUGUAUAAGGUAGUGUAUGGGGAACGGCCCCUUAGUGCCUUUCGUCAUAGCUAUCUGCACCUGGCUGAAAACAACUUCAUGCGUUGGGUGCCUUCUGCUCCAGCUACCCAGAUGUUCAAUUGCCUGAAGUGGACUUCUUGGUCCCGCUUGAAGGUGCCUGCUGGACAGCCUGAGAGGACACUGGAGUCACUGCUGGCCCAUCUCCAGGAACAAUAUGGACUAAGGGUAAGGAUGCUUCUGUAUGACCAAGCCCUGCUCUAUUCGGCACGAUGGUCAUCUCAAAAGCAGGCCCAGCGCCUGUCCCUCAGGGUGACAGAACUGGUUCAGCAGGUGACCGGCCAGGUGCCUGAACCUGGACUUCAGGUACUAGUACUGGAGCUGAGCUGUGAGGGUGAGGAAGAAGAAAUGGCCUUACCACUUCUGCACUACAAAUUGUAACAAGGCAGCCACUGCCCUACCACUUGGCUCUAUGGAGAUCUGCCCAAAAGCCCUKCAUCUUGAUCCCACAGCAGACACAUAAUAAAUGCUUG